AUGUAAUAACAUUAAUCAUAACCAGCAUUUAAUCCUAAGCAUUUGUUUACAAUGAAAAAGUAUUUCAGUGGGUAUGUGCAAUAAAACCGAUUUUUUCACAAAAAAACAGAUAAUAAAUCUGACAGUGGAAGUGAUGUAUUUAAAGACAUUUAAAAACUGCCCUAAAUUGUAUAAAGGAUUGAUAGAAGAAUUGAGAAUGUGAAUUACAAAUAUAAAAGUGCUCCUAUGAUUGAGAAAAAGAAACAGAACAUGCGAAAACUCUCUUUCCCUGUACUCAAAUAUUCACCUACUGAGAAUAAGGUGUAAUUGUAGAAGAUAAAAGAUUUAAUAGAAUAGCACACCUCAAGAGUAAUUGUAAAGGAUGAUAUGCUUAAACAUAUGGUUGGUUAUAGCAAGAUUUCGCAGAUGAUUAUUUGA